ACUAUCACUAUGGGGAGUUAACGUGAUGUUAAUGUCAGUGUUUUCUUUUACAUUUCGUGAACUCUUCCAGCCUGUGAAUUGUGGUCAGCUCUUAUAGAAGUCCCCGACGUCUAAAGCCAUGAGGCGGAGUAAGGCUGAAGUGGACCGCUACGUUUCCUCCGUACAGAGUUCCUCUCCUUUACUCAAAGAGAAGCCUGUCAAAGGAUUUCUUUUCGCGAAACUGUACUUUGAGGCAAAAGAAUAUGAACUUGCAAAAAGGCAUGUAUCGGAGUAUCUCAAAGUGCAGGAGAGGGAUCCCAAAGCACACAAAUUCCUUGGGCAUCUCUAUGAAAGAGAGGGGGAGAUCAACAAGGCAGUCGGUUGCUACAAGCGCUCGGUGGACUUGAACCCAGUGCAGAGAGACCUGGUGCUGAAGGUUGCUGAGUUGCUCGUUAGUAAGGAGGACUGUGACAGCAGAGCAGAGUUCUGGGUGGAAAAAGCCGCAAAGCUCAUGCCUGGUAACCCAGAAGUCUUCAACCUAAAGGAGCGUCUGUUGAGUCGUCAGGGCCAGCAGGGCUGGAACCAGUUGUUCGACCUCCUCCAAGCUGAGCUCGCAGCGAGGCCGGCUGAUCCUCAUGUGAAUGUAAAGUUGGUUCAGCUGUUUUGUCAGGAUGGUCGGCUGGAUGAGGCCAUAAAACAUUGUCUGACUACUGAGAAAAAGGGCUUGCUGCACAACAGUUUGGACUGGUACAAUGUGCAGUUAAACACAUUACAGGAAUAUCUGGCUCAGCCCAGCGUUUCAAGCAAUGAGAAGAUGUGUCGGCGUCUCCAGAGAGAAGUGCUGCUGGCACACUGCAGCCUGUUGCGAAUCAGACUGUCUGAGAGCAGCGUGCAGCUGAGCCUUGAUGCAUUCAGGAGUUUCGACCAAGCUAUGCAGGCACUGAGCAGCGUUGCAGUGCUCUUCAGCGAUGAUCUUCUUGAGGUUUUUGUGGAGAUGAGGGCUCACCUCUACUUGCACGCUGGCACGCUGCUGUUGAAAUUGGCCCAGGAUCGGCAGCAGGCCUGGAGAGCCGUCAUCGACCUGGCCGCACUGUGCUACCUGCUGGCAUACCAGGCUCCCAGACCAAAGGCAAAAGUGACCAAAAGAGACCAGUCUGCCCCACAGCUCCUGGAACUGCUGGCCAAUGACCGGCAGAGUCAAGCUGGGCACAUGUUGUUCAAUCUGAGCUCUGAUGUGUUCACUCUCAUCAGAGAGGUGGUGGAGGCAUUUGGGAACCGUAGCGGUCAGGAGUCUUUGUUUGAACUCCUCUGGGGUCCACAGGCUUUCCCUGCAUCUUCCUUUAUUGCCAAUGAUGACAUUCACUCUCUCAGCUCUUUGGCUCCAGAGCUCUCCCAACUGGCCAAAUGGGACACUGGCUCCAUCUUGUUGCACAGUGGUGAGUUGCAGCAUUUGAGCUGGUUGGGGCUGCAGUGGACUCUCCUGGAGCAGAGGUCGCCCAUGCGGGACUGGCUACAGCAGCUGUUUCCCAGGCUUACGUUGGAAACUUCCAAGUUAGACACCAACGCACCAGAGUCAAUCUGCCUGCUAGACCUUGAGGUGUUUUUACUCGGUGUAGUUUUCUGCGGCCACUGUCAGCUUCAGGACACGGCGAAGAUCAGCCGCAGCCUCAGCCCUCGGCAGCAGCAGCUCUUCGUGCCUCGCUGCCUCCCUCUUCCUCUCCUUCGCCUCCUGACCACGGACAGGCAGAGGGAGUGGUGGGACGCCAUCUACAGCCUGAUACACAAACGAGCCGCUCCUGGUACAUCGGCCAAACUGCGAAUGGUUGUGCAACACGGACUGAACACCCUGAGAGCUGGAGAGAAACACGGGCUUCAACCGGCGCUGGUGAUCCACUGGGCCCAGAGUCUCAGCCAGGCGGGUAAUGGAAUGAACUCCUAUUAUGACCAGAAGGAGUACGUCGGCCGCAGCGUCCACUACUGGCAAGUUGUUAUGCCACUGUUGGAGAAAAUAAAAAUCAGACGUAGUAUACCAGAACCACUGGACCCUCUCUUCAUACACUUUUCUUCUAAGGACAUUCAGGUUUCUUCUGUGAAAGGUUAUGAAGAAGAAGCCAAAAUAGCUUUAGCUGUUCUUUUGGACAUCGAAGGCAGAACAGAGGAGGCAAUCGCAACUUUGGAAAGCAUCAAUAACCUGUCAUCCAUCUGGCAUUUAGCACAGAUAUAUCAGCGACUGGCAGAGGAGGCCACCAAUGGUGUUGAGGAGACCCAAGAUAGGUGUAUCAUGUUUCUAAGGAAGUUCAGGAACUAUUUGUCUAAAAUCUACAAUGCUAAUGCAGAUGACAUCGAAAAGCUUCCCGUGUCCAUGGAGGAAGUGGUGGACCUUCUGAAUGAUGUAAAUCAGCAACUUGGGGAAACUGGUGAGGACAUGGAAGAAGAGGGAGAGCAGGAGCUGGUGCUUCGUCAAGGACCGGCUCACUCCAGCCCUGCUCGACUCACAGAAACCAGUGCAACCAUAUCGCAUGUUAAGUUUGCUUCUCCCUCUCCGAGCAAAAGCAUCGUUUCUCCUUCCAAAAGACUGAUUUCACCCAAGACACCACCGCAUUGGGUUGAAGACCAGAAAUGUCUCCUUCAGAUGUUAUGUCAGCAAGUAGAAGCCCUCAAGAAUGAGGUUUAUGAUCUGAAACACAACUCAUCAGUAAACUCAGGCUCUCCUCAUCAUAAGAUGUAUGGAGAGACCUACAGGGCUGAGAACUUGCAGGAGCCGUUUACCCCUGUCCAGUCCUACCAUGGAGCCCCCCUAACUGUUGCCACCACAGGCCCUCCUGUUUAUUACAACCAGUCCCCUGCUUAUAACUCUCAGUAUCUACUGCGGACAGCAGCAAAUGUAACCCCCACCAAGGGUCCAAUGUAUGGUGUGAACCGUAUUCCUCCACAGCAGCAUAUGUAUGCCUACCAGGCGCCCACUCACACGCCUCCGCUGCAGACAGCCCCACCCUGCAUUUACCCUCCGCAAGACCCUCUUCGGUUUGAAUCUCAAGCCACAGGGCUUCUUUCUCCAUACAGUGAAGAAUAUUAUGGCCAGAACGUUGCUCAGCAGACUACUAAUCCUGCUCUGCCUGAACCUGGCUACUUCACCAAGCCAUCUGUAGUCCCUGUUCAGCCACCAAAGGGUAUUGAGGGGAAGCCUGUGGACUUUGGGAAGCUUUCCUUUAACCAGCAGACUUCAGCUGACGUCCCCAGAGUGCUGAGUUUCGGAGCAGGGGCAGCUGCUCAGUCUUCACCUUCACCUGCUUUUAAAUUCAAUACCUAUAUAAAAUCCAUGGAAAGAGAUCCUAGUUUCUCUGCUUCCCAAACCAAACAAAGUGAAAGUUUGCUUGGCCUCCUCACCACAGACCUCCCCCCAAAAACUGACGCAGGUCCAGAGAAGCCCCCAGCGCAGGAGCAACCCCCCAGCAACCAGAGCAUCUUCACCUUCGGUAAUAAAAACAUAACCAGCUUUUCGUUUGCUGAUUCCAUUCAGAAAACACCAGCUGGAAGUCUCUUUGGGAAGGUGGAGCAACCGUUUAAGUUUGGUGAAGUUACCAUCCCAGCAUUUGGCAUUGGGAAGGCACCAGAGCUGGAGAAGGCAGCAGAGAGCGACAACGAGAGCACACAUGCUGAGGAGGACGAAGAUGGUCCUCACUUUGAACCGAUUGUCCCUCUUCCCGAUAAAGUAGAUGUGAAAACAGGCGAGGAGGAAGAGGAGGAGAUGUUUUGCAACAGAGCAAAGCUGUAUCGAUUUGACGCAGAGACGAAAGAAUGGAAAGAACGAGGAAUUGGCAAUGUUAAAAUCCUAAAACACAACACUAAAGGAAAGGUCCGCCUUUUGAUGAGAAGAGAACAGGUCCUUAAGAUCUGUGCGAAUCACUACAUCACUGCAGACAUGCUACUGAAACCUAAUGCUGCCUCGGACAAAUCCUGGGUUUGGAACGCCAUUGACUAUGCAGAUGAAGAGCCUAAACCUGAACAGCUGGCCAUUCGCUUCAAAACAGUGGACGAGCAGCUCUUUAAAGCCAAGUUUGAAGAAGCCCAAAAGGUGGUGCUCAAAUCGCCAGAAAAGCCAAAACCACAAGAGAAGAAGGAGAGUUCAAAGGACUCUGCUUCACUGGUAGCCCGGUUUGCUCUUAAAGACGGCGAAUGGGAGUGCCCUGUGUGUUGUGUAAGAAAUAAAGCAAUGGCUAUGCAGUGUGCAGCAUGCAGCACUGCCAAUCCACAGUCUUCAUCAAAAUCAGAACCUCAGCUUACUGGUGAAACCAAAAGCAGUCCAUUCACCUUUAAAUUUGGUACGGAUUCAUCAAAGCCAAGUGGUUCAAGCUCAACAUUUACUGGAUUCAGUGCUUUUGGGACUUCAGGAACCUCCUCUUUUACAUUCGGUGUCAGCUCUUCAAAACCCGCUGACAAAACAGCCAGUCCGUUUGGUUUUGGCUUUGGCUCACAGUUUGCCACCAAGCCAGAGCAAUGGGACUGUGGCAAGUGUUCUGCAAAGAAUGACGCGUCGACAGACAGUUGUGCUUCUUGUAAAACUCCUAAAACUGCAGCUAAAACGCCCAUGAUCGCACAGAUUGCUCCGGCACCAGAAGCUCCUAUUGCACAGGCCCCUGCAUGUGCCGUUGACGCUGGAUUUGCUGCACGCUUCAGCAAGAAGCCCGGACAGUGGGACUGUAAUGUUUGUGAUGUAAGAAAUGAAGCAUCUGCUGACAAAUGUGUUUCCUGUCAAAGUCCACACAUGCCUCCAAAAUCAUCUGCUGAGGCUCCAGCAGCAUCAAAUGUACCAACAUCAUCAGGACUUGAGGGUGAUUCUGCCAGGAAGGAUGGACCGUGGGACUGCAAUGCCUGUCUGGUCAGAAAUGAGGCAUCAGCAGCUGAGUGUGUUUCCUGCCACACUCCAAAUCCAAAUCCUUCUUUAGAGGCCAUGUUUGGCAAGAAGGAAGGAGAAUGGGACUGUGACAGCUGUCUCGUGAGAAAUAAAUCCUCUUUUAAUAAAUGUGUGGCCUGUAAAACCCCAAACCCUAAUGCUAAAAGCACAAGCACAGAAGCACAUUCUGCCUCGUCUUUUAGUUUUAACUUCGCAACCAAGAGUUCAUCUAGCCAGCCUGCUGGAGCUGCAUUUACUUUUGGCACCGGCGGUACUUUUCAGUUUGGACAAAAUAAGGAAAAAGGUUCAUCUGCUGCAUUCAAGUUUGAAACUCCUCAGUCUGUGCCAGUCACCUCAAGCUCCUCUGGCUUCUCUUUCUCAAUGCCCAUCCCAGCUGGUGGCUUCAAGUUUGGAGUUCAGGACUCUGCGGAAGAUUCUGCCUCAUCUGAUAAUCAGACCCCAUCAGGGUCAGCCUCCAGUGUCCUUAAAAACAUGGCUGACAAACACAAGGAGAAAGAGACUGGGUCUACACUUUCCGUGAACCAAAUAGAAAAGGAUCAAAAUCCAUUAAUUGCUGGAAAAGCCAAUACGUUCAGUUUUGCAGACUUGGCCAAGUCUUCUGAAGGGACCUUCCAGUUUGUCCAAAAAGAUCCCAAUUUCAAAGGUUUCUCAGGGGCAGGUGAGCAGGUUUUCUCAUCGUCACAGACAACCCCUACCAAAGCAGAAGCUUCAAAUGACCUGGAAGACGAGGGCAUGUAUAAAACAGAGGAACAUGACGACAUCCAGUUUGAACCAGUGGUCCAGAUGCCUGAGAAGGUGGACCUGGUUACGGGUGAGGAAGAUGAACAGGUUCUGUACUCCCAGCGUGUCAAACUCUUUCGAUUCGACUCUUGCACCAGUCAGUGGAAAGAGCGUGGUGUGGGGGUCCUGAAGUUCCUGAAAAACAACACGAACGGCCGGCUGAGAGUGCUCAUGAGAAGGGAACAAGUUCUGAAGGUUUGCGCAAACCACUGGAUCACCACCACCAUGAACCUUAAGCCCCUGUCUGGCUCAGACAAAGCCUGGAUGUGGAUGGCCAACGACUUCUCUGAUGGAGACGCUAAACCCGAACAGCUGGCCGCCAAAUUUAAAACCACAGAGCUAGCAGAGGAGUUCAAAAGGAAGUUUGAGGAAUGUCAGAAACUUCUUUUGGAUAUCCCUCUGCAGACGCCCCAUAAGCUCAUGGACACUGGACGAACAGCACACCUCAUCAAAAAAGCAGAAGAGAUGAAGUCCGGUUUGAAAGACUUGAAGCUCUUUUUGACAGACGAGAAAACGAAGAUCCAAGGUGAUGACACGCAGGGAGACGUUACCGCGGCAAGCGAAGUCUCCGGUCUUGGGAUCAGGCCUCAAGGGGAAACAACAGGCCCCACUUUGGAGUGGGAUAACUAUGACCUACGAGAAGAAGCUUUGGACGAUACUGCUGACUCAUCCGUCUACACCACCCCUGUUGCCAGUAGCCCCUUUAGGAAGAACCUCUUCUGCUUCGGAGAAUCCACGGGUGGGUUCAGCUUCAGUUUCCAACCCGGCAUCAGCCCUUCCAAGUCCCCCGCGAAGCUCAACUUGAGCAGGGCCUCGGCCGGUACAGACGAGGAGCAGGAUACAAGUCAGGACGAAGAGCGAGACGGGCAGUACUUUGAACCUGUGGUGCCUUUGCCUGACUUGGUGGAGAUUUCUACAGGGGAGGAAAACGAGCUGGUGGUCUUCAGCCAUAGAUCCAAGCUGUAUCGCUAUGACAAAGAGGUGAAGCAGUGGAAGGAGAGAGGCAUUGGGGACCUCAAGCUCUUGCAGAAUUAUGACACCAAACGAGUGAGGUUGAUAAUGAGGAGAGAUCAGGUGCUGAAGCUCUGUGCCAACCACUGGAUCUCAGCCGCCAUGAGGCUGGAGCCCAUGAAAGGGGCAGAGAAGGCCUGGGUUUGGAGUGCCUUGGACUUUGCCGAAGAAGGAGAGGGUAAGGUUGAGCAGCUGGCUGUGAGGUUUAAGACACAAGAGACUGCAAAUACAUUUAAGCAGGCCUUCGAAGAAUCCAAGGCGGCACUGGGAAAAGCAGAACUCAUGACUCCUGUGACGACGAGAGUCGCUGCGACACCAGAAAGAGGACCGGCAGCCGCAUCUGAAGGCACAACGCCAUCCGUUUGUGGGCAUGCAGCAAUUUCUGUUCUUGAAGAGACAACACGGGAACGUACAGCAAGUCCUCCUGGCACUAGGCCAACUGCUGCAUCUCAAAGUCCAGUCAAUCCCAUGAAGACUGUGGUGUCUCCCCCAAAGUUUGUUUUCGGCACUGAUUCCGUUCAGAAGAUUUUUGGCUCUCCUAAAUCAGAGUCCCAAGCAUCUGCAUCUGUGUCGGGUUUGACAGCCAAAGAUGGUGGAAGCUCAGUGAAGGCUAUGCUUCCUGCGCCAGCAUUCAAAAUGCAUACAGGCUCUGCUCAGGCAGCUGCAGCAUCCAGCUCUGGGUCGGGUGACGACUCCGAUGUGGAGAUCGUGUAUGUCAGGGAGCCCUCUGCUGAACAGGCAGCUUUAGCCAGGAAACUCAUGCUCCCUCUCACCUUCUUCUGCUACAAAAAUGUGCCAGGCUACACUAGUGAUGAUGAACCUGAUGACGAGGACUUUGAGUCUGCUGUGAGAGCCUUGAGUGGAAAGCUUUACCCUGAUCCUCCUGCAGCAGCAGUCUGUGCUGAGGAGCCAGACUGUCAGUUUGUUUGGGAGAAGAAACCAACACCAGAGGAAGAGGAGAAGGCAAAGAGCCUCCAGCUUCCACCCACGUUCUUCUGUGGCCUGAGCACCACAGACAGCGACUUGGACAAUGAGGAGCCUGAAGACUUUGAGACAGAACUUCACAAAGCCCAACAAGACCUGACUGCCCAGUUAAACAAAGCCGAGCUGGUAUCAAGUGGACCUGCAGGACCCUCACAGGACUCUGCCUCAGUCCCAUCAACCAGCUGUCCAGAAGCUGCAGACAACAAACCCACACCUGAUGGACAACCAGUAGACAAGGCCACGCCUGAUGGGCAACCAGUAGACAAGGCCAAGCCUGAUGGGCAACCAGUAGACAAGGCCACACCUGAUGGACAACCAGUAGACAAGGCCACGCCUGAUGGGCAACCAGUAGACAAGGCCACACCUGAUGGACAACCAGUAGACAAGGCCACGCCUGAUGGGCAACCAGUAGACAAGGCCACGCCUGAUGGGCAACCAGUAGACAAGGCCACACCUGAUGGGCAACCAGUAGACAAGGCCACACCUGAUGGGCAACCAGUAGACAAGGCCACACCUGAUGGGCAACCAGUAGACAAGGCCACACCUGAUGGGCAACCAGUAGACAAGGCCACACCUGAUGGGCAACCAGUAGACAAGGCCACACCUGAUGGACAACCAGUAGACAAGGCCACGCCUGAUGGGCAACCAGUAGACAAGGCCACACCUGAUGGACAACCAGUAGACAAGACCACGCCUGAUGGGCAACCAGUAGACAAGGCCACACCUGAUGGACAACCAGUAGACAAGGCCACACCUGAUGGACAACCAGUAGACAAGACCACGCCUGAUGGGCAACCAGUAGACAAGACCACGCCUGAUGGGCAACCAGUAGACAAGACCAAGCCUGAUGGGCAACCAGUAAACCAGCCCACAGAGACUCUGAGUGAAACUCCCAGCAGCAGCUCUCCUAUAGACCUGUCUACUAAGAAAAGUCCAGAGCCGGAGUCCAAAACCGAGAUGGAGGCUACAACUUCGACUGCAUCAACAACUGCUCAAGACUCCUCAGCCUUUGGCUUCAACUCGCUCAGUGGAUUUUCUUUUGCUGACCUAGCUAAAAACACCGAAGGAUUUGCUUUUGGAUCCAACGAUGCCAAUUUCUCAUGGGCCAACGCUGGAGCGACGGUAUUUGGGGCUGCUGUGUCCUCUGAGGUCACAAACACUGAGGAGGGAAGUGAUGAAGAGGAGGCUUCUAACAACGCUGACAUCUACUUUGAACCUAUCAUUUCCCUACCUGAGGUGGAGACAAAGUCCGGCGAGGAAGAUGAGGAAAUCCUGUUUAAAGAGCGAGCCAAGCUCUACCGAUGGGACCGUGACCUCGGGCAGUGGAAGGAGCGCGGCACCGGAGACCUCAAGAUCCUCUUCCACCCGAACAAACACUUCUAUAGGAUCCUGAUGCGAAGAGACCAAGUGCUGAGGGUUUGUGCGAACCACACCAUCUCCCAGGCGAUGGAGCUGAAACCCAUGAACACCUCAGCCAACGCACUUGUCUGGACCGCCACUGACUACUCGGAUGGUGAUGGUUUGGUGGAGCAGCUGGCGGCCAAGUUCAAAACCACCGAGAUAGCCGAGUCGUUUAAGAAGACUUUCUGCGAAUGUCAGAGCCGCAUUGACCAAACCGGGGACGACGCUUCAUCGGCCUCAGCGCCACACAUGUCCCGAGUCCAGGAGCACUCCAAAGACACUAAUCCACUGGUGUUCCUCAAAGUGGCAGCGGACGGUGAACCACUGGGCACCAUCACAAUUGAGGUCUUCUCACACAUCGUUCCCAAGACUGCGGAGAACUUCAGGGCUCUGUGCACUGGAGAGAAAGGCUUCGGGCUGCAGAACUCCAUCUUCCACAGGGUCAUACCGGACUUCAUGUGUCAGGGUGGCGACAUCACCAAGAGUGACGGCUCUGGCGGUAAAUCCAUCUACGGCAGCGCGUUUGAGGACGAAAACUUCGACGUUCGGCACACCGGCCCGGGCAUCCUGUCCAUGGCUAACCGCGGACGGGACACCAACACCUCGCAGUUCUUCAUAACGCUGAAGAAAACGGAACAUUUGGACUUCAAACACGUAGCAUUUGGCUUUGUUCGGGACGGGAUGGAUGUGGUGCAGCAGAUGGGAGAGCUGGGCACAAAGGGAGGGGUUCCUGCAAAGAAGCUGGCUAUCACCGAGUGUGGACAGUUGUAGCUGUUCAGUGCACAUCCUUGAGAUUAAGACUGUUUCCAAGUAAAACCUAUCCUCAGGUUUUUGGAAACGUUUCCUACAUUGAAGUCGCUCGUUGGUGGGAGGAGGUUUUUGGAGCAAAUGUGAAGUAUCAAUGCUGUUUGCUUUUCCAUUUUAAUAAUUUCUCAGAUGUUUAUUUUUUGUGUUAUUGUAAAUGUUUUAUUUCUUUGUCUCACUUGUAUUCAGUUGUGCUUCUUUUCUUCCUUUUUCGAAGGCUUUUUAAACAUAGUUAAGCUUUUUUUGGUUUGCAACCAUCCCCCACCACUGCACAUAUACAUUUGGUUAUAGGACACUCCCGUUUAUUUUUCCUGACUUUAAAUGACCUCACAUUGCAAAUAAUUGAACUCGAUAAUUGCCUUUCACAAGCUGAAUUAAUCCCACUGUGUUUCCCCUUAAAGGGAAGGGAGGCAUAUGGGUUUUACCAGGGAGAUUCAGCAUCUGUAUAGAUUGAGAUGACAAAUAAAAGUUGCUUGUUGUACUGGAAUAAUUUGCUGAUAAUUGAGAAAUAAAUUUGCUUCACAAGUAA